GAUCUCCAUCGCACGGCGACAAAACCCACUCCCAUCCCACACACCCAUUAGUUUUCUUAUUCUGGUGAAUCCAACCAGUGACCCAAGUUAAAAAAAAAAAUAUGAAAAUCAUGAUCGAGACAGUAGCAUAGGAACUGAAGGAGACCAAGACCGAGAAUCAGAGCCUUGUAGUAUAUAAAACCCUAGAGGUUUUAUGGUUUGUGGUUUCUUUGGGUAUUGCUAGUGUUUCAUUUCAUCGAUCACAUCCACUCUUCAGUUGUAAUUCACAUCCACUCUUCAAGUGUUGCUUUCCAAAGCUGGGCUAGCUGGGUUUCUGCUUCUGCUUCUGUUUCAGCCAUGGUGGUGUUCAUCAUGGAGGAUCCAAGUGCUAAUCUGGGUCUGCAACUCCUCCACCAGUUUGAUCAUGUAUGUUUCUGCACUUCCUAUCACUCUGUUGCUCUGAAUCAAAAUCACUGCUCUUUCCAAUGAGCUUCUUUCUCUGAACGUUUCGGAAUCCGAUGAUCUAGUUCUAGGUAUUGUUUAUUCUUUGAUUGAUUGAUUGAUUUGAUUUUGAUUGAUUGAUUUAGUCUCCAAAUUCUUUCAUUCUUUCUGGGGUUGGGAUUUGCAUACUCUGUUGUUAUUAAUCUCUUGCAUAGAAACAUAUAUACACAUAAUAGGAACACAAAAACUUAUACACAACACCUUUUGAUUGAUUUACUCACUCAUCGGAUUCCUAUUUGUUUUUCACUCAGAAAAUUCUUUCACACACUCACAAAUAGUCUCACAUAGUCUAUCUCUCUGGUUUGCUGUUCCUUUUCCUCACAUAUUCAUUCAAGGUUUCAAACAACAUACAAUUCUUUUUCAUCAACAAAAAAAAAAAAAACAGAGAUAGCUAGGGAGUAGUGAAAGAAAGACUAAAACAUUGGGUGGGUGAAUCUUAGUUCGCAACUAAACAUAUCGGAGAGAAAUGUUGGCUGGGUGCUCUAGUUCUACACUGUUGUCACCGAGGCAUAGAUUGAGGAGCGAAGCAGCAGCCCAGUUACAAGCUUGCCAUUUCCAGCUACCAUCAAUGAGCACACAGAGACUCGAUUUACCAUGCAGCUUUCCUCGAAAGGACUCAUCGCGCUCGCAGCCAAUUAGGCCUGUGGGUCUUUCCGUGGAGAAGUCAUCCAUUGAUUCGAAGACCGGCACGCGUUCACUGAAGCAGAGUAUCCGGCUGCCUCCUCUGGCGACGAGCAGGCCGGCGGCGACUAUUCAGGCGGAGGUGAAGGAUCAGUUCUGGGAGAAGAGGGGAAAAGGGUUGAAGAGAUUUGCGGAGGUUGAGGAUGAGAAGGAGGAGGAUGAGUCUUGCAGAAACAGAGCCAAGAGGAAGAGGUGCAGCAGUGAAAAUGGAGAAGGGGGUGAAAAUGGUUUGAGUUUAGGUGAGUUGGGUGGUGGGAAUUUUUGGUUUCAGCCUGGUUUUCAUGUGCCGAGAUCAGUUCAAGCCAUCACAGGCAUUGAUCCGCCUCAGUUUCCGUACACUUUUCCCAACAAUCCUUGGUUGCAGUCUGUUGUGACAGAGAUCACUGACCUUAAGGAGGGGGCGACUAGCCAUGGACCGGUGGGAGAAGCAUCCGGGAAUUCGAGUACUUCAUCGGGGAGCCAGAGCUUGGGUUUGAGGGUGAAUGAGAGCGUUUCAGAACCCGAAGGCGGUGUUGGGAGUGGAAAUGGUUAUAACCCUUAUGGAGAUGCAGGGGUUGAAGCAGAGGAUGAGGAGGAGAGUGAAGUAGAGCACCAGGGGUUUGAGCUUCUCAGCUUGCUUAAUGCUUGUGUAGAAGCAAUAGGGACGAAGGACAUUGCGGCGAUUAACCAUUUCAUAGCGAAAUUGGGGGAGCUCGCUUCGCCAAAAGGAUCAAAUAUAAGCAGGCUCACUGCCUAUUACACUGAGGCUUUGGCUCUGAGAGUGACCAGGCUUUGGCCGCAUGUGUUUCAGAUUAGUCCUCCCCGAGAAUUCGAUCGGGGUGAUGACGAGUCUGGAACUGCAUUGAGGCUGCUGAACCAGGUUAGUCCUAUUCCAAAGUUCCUCCAUUUCACUUCAAAUGAGAUUCUGCUGAGAGCUUUUGAAGGGAAAGACAGGGUUCACGUUAUAGACUUUGACAUCAAGCAGGGGCUGCAAUGGCCUAGUUUGUUCCAGAGUUUAGCUUCUAGGACUAACCCUCCUAGCCAUGUUAGAAUCACCGGAGUAGGGGAGUCAAAGCAGGAGCUCAACGAGACGGGGGAUAGGCUAGCUGGAUUUGCCGGGGCACUGAACUUGCCUUUUGAGUUCCACCCCGUUGUGGACAGAUUGGAAGACGUGAGGCUUUGGAUGCUUCAUGUGAAGGAGCAAGAAUGUGUGGCUGUGAAUUGCGCUUUCCAGCUUCACAAGACACUGUAUGACGCCACCGGAGGAGCGUUGAGAGACUUCUUGGGAUUGAUUCGGAGCACAAACCCUGCGGUAGUCCUAAAGGCGGAGCAAGAGGCCGAGCACAAUGAGCCUAGGUUGGAAGCAAGAGUCUCCAAUUCUUUGAGGUACUACUCGGCCAUUUUCGACUUGAUUGGUUCUAGCCUUCCUUUGGACAGCCCGGCUAGAAUCAAAGUAGAAGACACGGUGGCACGUGAGAUUCGCAACAUUGUUGCUUGCGAGGGAAGCGACAGGGUGGAGAGGCAUGAAGGGUUCGAGAAGUGGAGGAUGUUGAUGGAGCAAGGCGGGUAUCGGUGCAAUGGGAUCACAGAUAGGGAGUUUCUUCAGAGCCAGUUUCUGCUGAAGAUGUACGAGUGCGAGAAUUACAGUGUUAAGAAGCAAGGACAUGAGAAUGAAGGAGCAGCAGCACUUACUCUAAGUUGGAUGGAUCAGCCUCUGUACACAGUCUCAGCUUGGACACCGAUUGAUGUUGCAGGAGGCAGCUCACCGUCGUUUUCACAACCAAGUUAAAUAGCCAUAGCCGUGGAUUUUGAGUUUCUUCAUACACAGUUUCGAUUCCAUUUGUCAAGCAUACAGAAAAAAGGGGAUACAGAAUUCUUUGUAGGGUUUAGGCAAAAUGUGUCAUUAUCAUUCUUUCAUUCUUUCCUUGCAGAUAAGACAUUGUCAGUGAGUCAAGUCCAGUAACAUUGUCAGUGAGUCAAGUCCAGUAGGUGUCAGAACCAUUUAUUUGUAUGAAUUACUACAGUAGGUUGAUGAUAGUGAUUUCAAUUCUAGUCUUCUGAGUCAGAAAUUUGUGUUUAUUCUUUAUUCUUUGUAGUCAGUCAGUCAAUGUUUUUUAUCUUUUGUUGUAAUGGAAGACCAUGUAGCUGAAAAUUCCAUUUCUUAUAUAUGAUAUGGUUGUAUUGAUUUCUUAUUAUUCAA